AGUGAGGACCUUUUCUUUCCUAUGAGGUAUGCACGUGAUUCCCCCUGAGGGGGGGGGAGUUUGGAGGAGCUCCAUACUCUCAGAACAGGAAGAGAUAAAUUCUGUUCUCAGUUAAGGAGGAAAAGAACUUGGCCUGCCUGGAUCAGGACGUGAAGGGAAGCAGAAGCAAGGAAGCAUGUCUGGGAAACCCAAACUUACCUACUUCAAUGGAAGAGGACGCAUGGAAUCAAUACGGUGGCUGUUGGCAGCAGCUGGGGUGGAGUUUGAAGAAGAAUUUUUGGAAACAAGAGAACAGUAUCAAAAGUUAAUAAAAGAUGGCGUCCUGCUGUUUGACCAAGUACCAUUGGUGGAAAUUGAUGGGAUGAAGAUGGUGCAGACCAGAGCCAUUCUCAGCUACAUAGCUGCCAAGUACAACCUCUAUGGGAAGGAUCUGAAAGAGAGAGCAUUAAUUGACAUGUAUGUGGAAGGAACAGCUGAUCUCAUGGGAAUGAUCAUUACCUUUGCUUUCACUCCACCUAAGGAGAGGAAUCUUGCCUUAAUCAUCGAGAGGGCCACAACCAGAUAUUUCCCAGUCUAUGAAAAGGUUCUGAAACAACACGGGCAAGAGUUUCUUGUUGGCAACCGAUUCAGCUGGGCAGAUGUACAGCUGCUUGAAACCAUUUUAAUGGUAGAGGAGAAAGAGCCCACUGUGCUUUCCAAGUUCCCUGUGUUACAGGCUUUUAAAGCAAGAAUAAGCAACAUACCUACAAUUAAGAAAUUCCUACAGCCUGGCAGCCAGAGGAAGCCCCCACCUGAUGACCAAUAUGUGGCGACAGUGAUUGAAGUUUUCAAAAAAGAUUAAAUUCCUGGUUCCAUUCAGAGAGGUCAUCAAAAUCUAAAAAGAACAGGCCAGUUUAGAUGACCAGCACUAUAUCAGGGGUCGGCAACGUUCGGCACACAACUCGCCAGGG